UUUUGUCUGGAGUUUCCCCCCCUGGGGCUGGAGGAAUGAGGCAAUCCUGUAGCUCUAACAUCAUGCCUAGGCCAGGUUCAUUUUUGAAGACUUUCAGCACCAGGAGCACCUUUCAACCACAUACAGUCUUGCCGGAAUGACAACAUAAAAUGUAUACUUCUCCAAUCAACAUCAGUGAAAGAAGAAACAUGGAAAAACUUAGAAUCUUAACAGGAUGUUAGAAGAAUCUAUUAGCUUUUAAGUAAAAAGAUUUCUGCAAAAAUCCCUCUCUUUCUUAUCCCAUUAUGGGAUCAUUUGGAUCUUUAAGAGCUUGAUUUUAUAAACCAGACUGCAUUUUAGAGGUGUGCAUGAGGGAGUGAGAGGAAGCGGUGAUACAGUGGAUAUUUUUGUCCAUUCUUUGUCUACAGGAAGCUGGGCUUCACUUUCUCCCCCUUUUUUCUCGUCUUCCAUCAAUGUUUUUAACUCUUUUUCUCUGUGUGCUGGAGUCAUGCUGAUGGACAGUGAUGGAUUUUUUGGGCUCUGGCUUUAGGAAAGCACUCUUCUACCACACAGCCUCUGGUAGGUGACCCAACAUGUCUCGCUGUAAUGAGCUGAACAUGCCAGCAGUGAGAAGUUUUAUUGUGACUCUGGAAAAGAAAACAGCAGUUGGUUGUCAGAGAAUGGAGGCUGUUGAUAGAACUCUGACUCUUGCCCGGUUGAGAUCUAAAAAUGAAUCUGUUGAUGAGUAGGAAAGCUGCAUCCAUAUAAUCGGAAAAACAACAGAUCAUGGGGAAUGGAUUGAGAAAAAUAAAGCAUCGUCGAAAAUAUUGGUUUUGGCCAACUAAAGAUAAAGCUGGCAACCCCAGCUGCUUUCCCUCCAAACAAUCUGAUGAAGAAGAACCUUGUGUUGGGGUGAAGAUCGCUCAGAACAAAGCUGUUGGCAGCAGCAGUCCUGAUGAGCAAGGUCGUCACAAUGAGAAGUUGAAUCGUGGAUGCAGAUUCAGCAAUAAGGGCCUUACUGGAGUAAAUGGAAGAGUUUCAGGCCGACGGACACCACUGCAACCCAAACCACAAGUGCCUCCUAAACCUGCACACCUUCAGAGUCCGGUGACGGAAGUUUCCUUUCCUCAGGUUGCCGGAACGUUAUCCAUCAAUCCCAACAUGGAGGGGGGAGGAGUAGGAGGAGCAGUUGGGAAGGGCCGAGUGUCCAACCUCAUCAGUCGCUUUGAGGAGAACCGUCACACAGACGGUCGGAGGGAGGGCGCUCCUCUGAAGCAGGUCAGCAGAUCUCCUAACUCCAGCCCGCCUCAUAAGAGCUACCAGAGACAGACGGAGCAGCCCACAGACUCCGGCUCUGGCGCGAACAGCCCACGCCAUGCUCUCAAACCCCCCAAUGGGGUUCUAGCACAGAAGAACAGAGACCAGGACAGAGAUCAGGACAUGGAUGGCGUUAAGAACGAUACAGUUCCGGUCGUGAGGAUAGACACGCAGGGACUGCUGAACGGAGAUGCUGCCGAUAUGGCUAAGAGGGCAAUUAUGAACGAGGAAUCAGUAGAUAUGCCUCAUGCUGACAUAGACCAGACUGAAGAGCAGGAGAGGAAAGCACCAGAGCAGCAUGAUGUUGUAAUGAACAGCAUCCCCGAGCAGAAGGAAACCAAUGAGCAGAAGCUCUACAAGAUAGCAAAUGAACUUCUGCAGACAGAGAAGGCCUAUGUUGCACGACUCAACUUGUUAGAUAAGGUGUUUUAUGCCAAGCUGAUAGAAGAGGCAAGAAAAGACACAUUCCCCGUGGAUGUGGUGAUGAAAAUCUUUUCCAACAUCUCUUCCAUUAAUGCCUUCCACAGCCAGUUCCUUCUCCCUGACCUGGAAAAACGCAUGGGAGAAUGGACGUCAACACCUCGCAUCGGGGACAUCCUACAGAAGCUCACGCCCUUCCUGAAGAUGUAUGCUGAGUAUGUGAAGAACUUUGAUCAUGCCUUGGAUCUGCUGAAGCAAUGGACAGAUCGAUCACCUCCAUUUAAAGCUAUCAUUCUGGAAAUCCAGAGUCAAGAAGUAUGUGGCAGUCUGACGCUGCAGAACCACAUGUUGGAGCCCGUUCAGAGAGUGCCACGUUACGAGAUGCUGCUCAAAGACUAUCUGAAGAAACUUCCUCAGGAUCACAUAGACCGGCGGGAUGCUGAAAAGUCUUUAGAGAUUAUUUCCAUGGCUGCCACUCAUUCCAACACUGCCAUUAAGAAAACGGAAAACCUUAAGAAAUUGCUAGAAAUUUAUGAGAUGUUGGGAGAAGAAGAGGACAUCGUGAACCCCUCGAAUGAGUUAAUAAAGGAGGGUCAUAUUCUGAAACUGGCAGCCAGAAACACUUCAGCCAUGGACAGAUAUCUCUUCCUGUUCAACAACAUGCUGCUGUACUGCGUUCCCAAGUUCAGCUUGGUGGGACAGAAGUAUACGGUGCGCACACGUAUUGGCAUUGAAGGCAUGAAGGUGAUGGAGACGUACAAUGAGGAUUAUCCUCACACCUUUCAGGUUUCUGGAAAGGAACGGACACUGGAGCUGCAGGCCAGCUCCGAACAGGAUAAAAAAAGCUGGAUAAAGGCAUUCCAGGAAACGAUACACAUCUCCCUCCAGAAAAAUGAGACCUUUAAGUCAGCAUUCAAAGAUGCGGAGGAAGCAUCGGAGCUUAAGAUAUCAGAGUUGGGGAAAAGAGCCCCUCGCUGGAUCCGAGACAACGAGGUGACCAUGUGCAUGAAGUGCAAAGAGGGCUUUAAUGCUAUCAGACGCAGGAGACAUCACUGUCGGGCCUGUGGAUACGUGGUCUGCUGGAAGUGCUCAGACUACAAAGCCACUCUGGAAUAUGAUGGGAAUAAGAUGAACAAGGUGUGCAAAGACUGUUACUCCAUCCUGACAGGUCAUAUAGACAGUGAGGAGAGGGAGGGCAAGAAGAAGGGAAUUCUAGAGAUUGAAGCUGCUCAGUUCUCAGGCAACAGUAUCAUGUGUGGCUUCCUACAGUACUGUGAGAAGAACAAGCCCUGGCAGAAAGUCUGGUGUGUUAUUCCUCAGAAGGAAGCUUUAGUUCUCUACUUGUACGGAGCACCUCAGGAUGUCAAGGCCCAGUCCACAAUUCCUCUGCUCGGCUACCAGGUGGAGGACAACCCGAGACCCACCGACCCUCCUGCAAGUUUCAGACUAUCUCAGUCUAAAUCAGUCCACAGCUUUGUUGCAGAAAGCGAGGAACUGAAACAGCGCUGGCUCAAAGUGAUCCGCAUGGCGGUAACGGGAGAGGAACCAGAAUCGCCUGAAGAAAGCCAUUCUACGGAAAUCACCCAAGAAACAAACUCUAACGGUGUCUAAGCAAAGAAAGCGUACUUUUCUUAAAGAUUUCUCUACAGAUGUGGCGAUGCAAUUGGUAAGAAAAGUGUUGACACUCCUGCUUACGUUGCACAGACUUGCUACGCCAUCACUGCUGGACUGUCUGAGCUACAGCAUUUUGUCCUAAAGUCCCAAUUGGAUUUAAACACAUCCAGGAUAUGGGAGUUAAAAGGAAAUGGACAUCAGCUUGACCCUUACCAGACAGAUUUGAAGUUUAUACAAAUGGAGCUCAUGUGAAGAGAUCAUGGAGGAACUAAGAGAUGCUAUUCCAUCAUCACACCUUACUACAGCUGAUGCCGCACUGUUUCAAGCCUAAUGUAAAUAUUGUACAACUAUUGUACAAAAUAUUGAACAUUUAUAUGUUGUAUGUAUAGUAUAUUGAGGCUAAAAUUCAGAUGUGUUGAUGGCAUUGUAAAAAAUGUGAUGUGUAUAUGCAGGACAUGAGCGCUUUUCAAAAAGUCAAGAUUGCAAUCUACUGCGACUAUAAAUUGCAUUCAGUUCCAGAGCGCUCUGAAUGCAACAGACACUCCUUCAUUAUGGCCAUUGUGACUUUGCCAAGACAGACAUGUUGUGUUGACGCAUUUGUUGAUCCAAGGGUUGCAGCGGUAUACUGGUUUCACGAUAUAUCAUUGUAUUAAAUUUGACAAUUACAAUACGGUUUACAUUUACUAAUGGACGGUAUUGGAAAAAAACACAACCGGACUGAGAAUCUCAUCUGCGCGUGCUUGCGCAGAGGGAAAAAGUGCGAGGCUGAAUAAAGCUUUGCUAAAUCUGUAGCUCUCCUCCCAUUCACUACAAUGUAUGCUUUGUUACUUUUGAUAAGAAACAAAGUUUCAGGUUUAAAAUUGUCAAUUUUGUCACGAAAUUCAAACAAUAAAUGCUGUCUUUAAUGUGGCGUGACAAAUCGCUGUAGUCUCAGUUUAAGCGGCAGCGCGCAGAACCAUGACGUGAACCAAUAUACUAGUUAGAGCGCGAAAUAAAUUAAUGAGCAUCAAAAGUUGUUGAAAUAUGCAAAACAACUUACUGAAAUGUAUUUGCUGUCAUUUAAUCAGCUGAUCCGUGUUUUAACCACGGAAAAACGUCAGUAAUACUGCUUAUGAACAACAUCAAGGACAUUUACCUCAGGAAAGUUAUUCAAUGUCCGUAGCUCGAUAACGUUAGUUAGCUAGAGAAAGAUCUAGUAGGGACUGGAGGAGCAUUUAAUUAACCUGUUAAUAAUUUAUGUAUGUUUUGAAUUAUGUCAUAAAACAAGUUUGUAUAAAAACUACCUGAAAUGUUUUUAAGAAAAUCUGUUUUGUUUUUGUCGAUUAAUAUAUUUGAAGUAGCCUAAUGAAUUUAAUAGUUUGGUAUUAUUUACCUUUUAAUAUUACAGUAAUGUUUCAUAUGAGGAAAGCAUUAAUUAACAAAGUCCCUUUAGCCUAAGUCAUUUCACUCGGCGGCCAUCUUUGAAACGCCUCUCCGGCAUUCAAGGGCAGCUCCUGUCUCUUUGAAUGGGGAAACAUCAAAUUCUCCAAAGCUGUUUGCCAAGCUUUCGAUUAAAUUUCAUAUUUUACAUCACCAAUGAAAUCUGACAACUGUCUCAAAUUGUUUCUAAAUGCGCGAAUCACGA